AUGCCCCCAAACCAUCCCUUUAACUCCUCCACCACCAACAUCAACAUGGCCGUUUCCGAUAUAACCUUUGAAGAAGAAGUGGCCCUAGAAGAAACACGUAAUGAUGAGUCACCAUUAGCAACGGUGUCCGAGGUAGACAGUGCCAAAUGCGAGUGUUGUGGAAUGUGUGAAGAGUGCACCCUCGAGUACAUAAGGCGCGUGCGUGACAUGUUCUCAGGGAGGCUAAUAUGCGGGUUGUGUGCUGAAGCUGUGAAUGUGGAGAUGGAGAAGAACGGUGGAAAGCGUGAGGAAGCGUUGAAAGAGCAUAUGAGCGAUUGUUUCAAGUUCAAUUGGCUUGGUAGGUCAUACCCUCAUUUGUAUCAAGCUGAAAACGUCAAGAAGAUAUUGAAGAAGAAUAUUGCUUCAAGAAACAGGGACAUGUCCAAAACACUAUAA